AUGUCUGCCGAGACUAAAGUCGAUAUCGAGUCGAUCAGACCACCUGCAAGCCCCAAAGAGCGUCUUGCUAACUCGAGCCCCUUUGGCUAUGGCGCUUUUGCAACUACAUUGAUGACCUUAUCACUGUCCAAUCUAGGCAUCCGAAACGUCGAGAACCAGGCCGUAUUCAUUGCCAACCUCUGCUUCCUCGCUGGUCUAGGCUUGCUGAUCUCAGCUCAGUGGGAGAUGGUCAGGGGUAAUACGUUUGCCUAUACGACACUCAUUGCUUUUGCAUUCUACUAUGGGGGUUAUGGCUUCCUCUUGAUACCUUCAGUCGGCAUUGUCGACAGCUAUGGCGGGAAGACAGAGCAGUACUACAAUGCAUUUGGGUUCUAUCUUGCUGUCUGGUCGCUUUUCAACCUUUUUUUCUUCAUUGCUGCUUUUGCGACGAACGUCGCCAACGUCAUCGUCUACGGAGGACUUGAGAUUUCCUACAUCUUGAACUGUUCAGCGAACUUUUUGUUUGCGAGUGGACACACCUCGGCUGGUGGGCUUCUGACCAAGGUCGCCGGUGGCUUUGGGUUUGUUGCUGCAUUGGCCGGUUUCUACGUCAUGGCCGGUGAGUUCUGUGGUGAAGUGUUGCCGUUUUCUGUGCCGUUGGGCGAUAUGUCGCGAUUCUUUCAAAAGAAGAAAAAUCAUCGGUACCGUAGAUGA